AUGAUCCCUUCGCUCUUGUUGGUGCGACUAAUAGUCUUCCUCAUAGCUGCUCGAAUAGCAUCGAUGAGGGUAGAACAGAUCAACAUUUUCAAGAAUGGAACGGGUGCAGAUGUUCUUCAACUGAGAAAUAAAGGAAGAUGCUGGGCAGGUAUUGGUCGUCUCGGAAGUAGAAGCGAAGUAUCGCUACAUCAUAGCGAUAAGGGAUCGUGCUUAACGAACGGAAUUGUUAUUCAUGAAUUGAUGCACGUAAUAGGACUCCAGCAUGAACAUUCACGGUACGAUCGCGACAACUUUGUCAAAGUGCACCGCGAGAACAUUAAAAAGGCUGGAUACGGCUCAAGGAUCUCGUCAACGUCACUCACGAAACUUGAGAACAUCUUAAAUGACAAUGGCGAGGGAACGAAACGAGUGGAAGAGAUGCUAAUGCCCGCACGUCCAGUGAAGACGGGCCAUUUGAGUAUCUAA